AUGAAGUUCAACAUACGUGCUGCGACUAAAGAAGACUGCAAAGACAUCUCGAGAAUGAUAAUGGAGUUGGCCGAGUAUGAAAAGAUGACAGAUCAAGUGAAGAUAACAUGCGAUGAAUUGGAGCGUGAUGGUUUCUGCCAGAAUCCCUUGUUCGAAUGUCUCGUUGCUGAAGUUCCAGAAGAGAAUAAGUCUAAAGAAGGAUUCACCACUGUUGGAUACGCCCUUUACUUUUACAUCUACAGCACAUGGAAAGGACGGUCAAUGCAUUUGGAGGAUUUGUAUGUGAUGCCUGAAUACCGAGGAUUUGGCAUUGGAAAAAGUUUACUGAGCACCGUCGCUAAGGUAGCCAAAGAGAGGCCGUGUGCGCGCUUGCAGUUGAGCGUAUUGGAGUGGAACGUUCCAUCACGAGACUUCUAUGCUAGGAGAGGAGCUCAGGAUCUGACUGUCACGGAAGGCUGGCAUUCAAUACGUUUUGAUGGACAAAGCUUGAACGAUUUAGGAAGUGACGCCCUAAAGAAUUAA